ACAUAGAUUAUAAGCAAAUCUAUGUUUUGUAGAACAGUUUUAAAACCUUAAUUUUAUCGCAGUAUUAUACGUACUGUAUUAGUGUACCUAAUACUAUUUUUAUUUUAUAUAACUGUGCACUGCGUUUAAAUGGCCUUAAAAAAUAUAGAAAGUAAGGCUGUGGACAAUUUCAGGAAGUAUCUACAGAUACCUACUGUUCACCCUAAUAUCGACUACGAAAAAUGUGUUCAAUUCCUUCAAGUACAAGCUCAAGAACUAAAUUUACCAUCGACAGUAUAUUUUGCGGCGUCAAAUAAACCUUUAGUUAUAAUUACUUGGAUAGGUCAAAAUCCUCAACUACAGUCAUUAUUAUUACACUCCCACAUGGACGUUGUGCCGGUUUACGCGGAACAAUGGAAUUAUGAACCGUUUUCAGCUCACAAAGACGAAGUAGGGAACAUUUAUGCAAGAGGAGCCCAAGACAUGAAAUGUGUCGGUAUACAAUACUUGGAGACAAUUAGAUUGUAUUUAAAAGAAAAUUUGACUUUUGACAGAACUAUACACAUAUCGUUCUCUCCGGACGAAGAAAUUGGUGGCAAGUUGGGCAUGAAACAUUUUGUCGAAACAGAUGAAUUUAAAGCACUAAAUGUUGGGUUUACACUUGACGAAGGAAUGGCAAGCCCUGACGAUGUAUUUCCUGUGUUUAACGGAGAGAAAACGCUUUGGCAUUUUUAUAUAAGAAGUCGUGGUAGCCCAGGGCACGCUUCGUUGUUUCACGAUAAUACGGCAGCCGAGAAGUUAAUGUACGUGGUAAACAAGAUGAUGGACUGGAGGGCCGGAGAAAAAGCUAAAGUUUCGGCUGGUGUAGACGUUGGGCGUGUCACAUCUAUUAACAUGACUAUGCUGGAUGGCGGGUGUCAGUUCAACGUAGUGCCAUCAGAGCUUUCGGCCGGCUUUGAUAUCCGAAUAUCCCCAGAAUUAGACGAACGUGCCGUACUGGACACAUUACACAGAUGGUGUAGAGAAGCCGGCGAUGGCGUUCGCGUGGAGUUUAUAGAAAAAAAUGUUCAGGCCAAGCCCACCAAACUCGACGAUUCGAAUCCGUGGUGGGUGAAAUUCAAAACGGAGUUCGAUAAAAUGGACUUAAAAUUGAAGACAUCAAUUGCGCCCGGAGCCGGCGAUAGCAGGUAUAUUAGACAAAUCGGCAUACCGGCACUCGGGUUUUCUCCGAUGGCUAACACGCCAGUACUUUUACACGACCACAACGAAUACUUAAACGAGAAUAUUUUUUUAAAAGGAAUACAAAUAUAUUAUAAUAUAAUCAAAAGUCUUGCUAGUGUCUGAAAUUGUGUAUAUAUAUAUAUAUAUUAUUAAACAUACGCAUCACGAAUAAGUACUAAUUACAAUAUAGAUGAGAACUUGUAAAAUGCAACAACAAACACCAUACGACGAAAGGUUUUUUUGUUGACAAAUAUAUUUUAGCUUUUAAGUACCUAUAUGUUAUUAACAUUAAAUUAGACAAUAAAAAAGUAAUUAAUACAUUGGACAUCA